AUGCAUCUUCGACUCUCCCACCUGCUGGCCCUGGCGCCCCUCGUGGCCAGCCACACCACCUUCACCAACCUGUACGUUGACGGCGUCAACCAGGGUGACGGUGUCUGCGUGCGUAUGAACCCGGAUGCGGAGAAAUGCACCUAUCCCAUCGAGCCGCUCAGCAGUAAGGACAUGGCCUGCGGCGUCCACGGCGAAAAGGGCGUCAAGCGCAUCUGUCCCGCCGAGGCGACCUCGCUGCUGACCUUCGAAUUCCGCGAGUGGACCGACGGCUCGAAGCCCGGCUCCGCCAUCGACCCCAGCCACAAGGGCCCCUGCGCCGUGUACAUGAAGCACGUCGACGAUGCCAGCGCCGAUAACAACGCCGCCGGCGACGGCUGGUUCAAGAUCUGGGAGAUGGGCUACGACGAGUCCGCCGGCAAGUGGUGUACCGAGAAGCUGAACGACAACAAGGGCUUGCUGUCGGCCCAUAUCCCCGAGGGCCUUAAGGGUGGCUACUAUCUCGUGCGUCCCGAGCUGUUGGCCUUGCAUGCCUCCCAGGACAGCCCCGCCGAUCCCCAGUUCUACACCGGCUGUGCGCAGGUGUUCGUCAAGGGCAGCAAGAACGGCGUGGUGCCCGAGGGCGUCCACAUCGGCGAGGGCACCUACGACGUGAGCAACCCGGCGCUGACCUUCAACAUCUACGAGUCGCCCAUGAAGCUGCCCUACCCGCGCGUGGGCCCGAAGGUGUGGUCCGGCGCCGGCAGCAAGGCUCGUCGCGAGGCGAACACGAAGGUGGUGCAGGACAAGGGCCUCAAGCCCGAGGGAUGUAUUCUGGUGCGCGACGACUGGUGCGGCUACGAGGUGCCCGCCUAUGACAACGAGGAUGGCUGCUGGGCGUCCUCGUCCAAGUGCUGGGACCAGUGCAAGGUCUGCUGGGAAACCACGCUGCCGACGGGCGGUGCGUCUUGCCAAAUCUGGGAGGACAAGUGCAACGCCCUGGACGACGCUUGCAACGGUGGUGACUUCCACGGACCUCCCAACAAGGGCAAGGAUCUGACGCCCACGCCCAAGAAGCCCCUCGGAUCGCUCGAACCACUCGGCGAGGGGAGCUCCAAGCGAUCGGAGCGCAGCCGCCGUUCGCGUCUGUAA